GCCAUCAACACCGGUGAGAGACAAGUCAGCUGUUGUUGUUGCUGACUUCUCCGGAUCCGCCCAGCCGGGCGUCACAGCACCGACAAGAUGGCCGAGAGUACGGGACGAAAGUGAGGGUGGAAACAAAAACACUGGCGAGCUAUCCUUGCCGCAGAUGCCAGACCUGUAGAGCUGCUGCGGACAAGUUAGUGCAAAGAUAAAAGCUGGGUUGUCGGUUUAUUCAAGACUAAGUUCUGUGGGUGACAUCUGCGGUAUGCAGACAAGCGUGCACCAAGCCAGCUCGCUGACAGAACGUUUGUCCGGUUGUGUGCGUUGGCUAGCUAGCUAGCUAGCGAGCUAACCAUGUUAGCUAGCUGACAACACCGUUAGCGAGAGAAAACGUUUUCAGAAAGUGACAGUUGGGUAAUUUGGAAAUAAAUAGUUGUUGCUACUUCUUCGUUUUUGAGAAUUACAUUUUUUUGCAGCGACAUAACGUUAACUUCCCUGAGUGGGGAAUCUGAUUCAACGCACUAGUUAACGCUUAGCCAGCCGGUUAGCAAAGUAACAUUGCGGAUUUCUUGCUUGCAGCUUCAGAGUUAGCAUUUGCAAACGUCUGUUAGCUUGCUCAGCUGUUUUUGGAUGACUUGGGGUUGGGACACCGGAAAGGUCUACCAACCUGUGCGGAGGGACAUUUUUCUCUCUACAUAAAAGUUCCUGUGACGGUUCUCAGUAGGCCUGUGUAACUAGGUGUCUUGGAGGAUUGCUAACGAUAACGUUACCACAGCCAGGACAGUAAAGAUAAGUCAAGCCGAGGAGAGCUCAACACUGCGUUGUAGGAGGCGCAAAUCCAGUCAGCAUCACCAUGGCCCAUUCUCCUGUUCAGGGUAACCUGCCGGGGAUGCAGAAUACCAAAGCUGACCCGGAGGAGCUGUUCACCAAGCUGGAGCGCAUUGGCAAGGGUUCGUUUGGCGAGGUGUUCAAAGGGAUCGACAAUCGCACCCAGAAAGUAGUGGCCAUCAAGACAAUAGACCUGGAGGAAGCGGAGGACGAGAUCGAAGACAUUCAGCAGGAGAUCACAGUGCUGAGCCAGUGCGACAGCCCCUUUGUCACCAAGUACUACGGCUCAUACCUGAAGGACACAAAGCUAUGGAUCAUUAUGGAGUAUUUAGGUGGAGGCUCAGCAUUAGAUUUGAUGGAGCCCGGAGCUCUGGAUGAGACCCAGAUUGCCACGAUCCUAAGAGAGAUCCUCAAGGGCCUGGAGUAUCUGCACUCUGAGAAGAAGAUCCACAGGGAUAUCAAAGCCGCCAACGUGCUGCUGUCCGAGCAAGGAGAGGUGAAGCUGGCAGAUUUUGGCGUGGCGGGACAGCUCACCGACACUCAGAUUAAACGCAACACCUUUGUUGGCACACCCUUCUGGAUGGCCCCUGAGGUCAUCAAACAGUCGGCUUAUGACUCAAAGGCGGAUAUCUGGUCUCUGGGCAUCACAGCCAUCGAGCUGGCGAAAGGCGAGCCGCCCCAUUCUGAGCUUCACCCCAUGAAGGUUUUAUUCCUCAUCCCAAAGAACAACCCGCCAACGCUGGAGGGCAACUACAGCAAACCGCUUAAAGAGUUUAUCGAGGCCUGUCUGAACAAGGAGCCCAGUUUUAGGCCAACUGCCAAAGAGCUGUUGAAGCAUAAGCUGAUCGUCCGUCACGCGAAAAAGACCUCCUACCUGACUGAGCUGGUGGACAAGUACAAGAGGUGGAAGGCAGAGCAGUCUAGAACCGCAGAGUCCAGUUCUGACGAGUCUGACUCAGAGCAGGAUGGCCAGGCGUCGGGUGGGAACAACUUUGGCAGUGAUGACUGGAUCUUCACCAUCCGGGAGAAGGACCCCAAGAAGCUGCAGAAUGGAGAGGGACAGUCGGGGACAACAGACCAGACAAAAGACAUUCCAAAGAGGCCUUAUUCACAGAGCCUGGUCACAGUCAUCUCUCCUGCAUUAGCUGAGCUUAAGACGAGACAGGAGCAGGUGAACGGGAACCCCAUGGUCCUGGAUGAGCUGAGGGAGGCCAUCUUGCUGGCUGAGGAGGCCUACCCUGGCAUCUCUGAUUCCCUGGUGGCUCACAUGGUCCACAGGCUCCAGAGUUUCUCCACAAGCAGGACGUCUUCCUCCUCCCACUAGUAAUUGGCUGUCUGCCCCGGUCCUGCUCUCCCAGUCCCCCUCCGCCCCCCAACCCCACAGCCAGGUCAGAGGAUUAAAAGUCAGUGGCCAAGCCAUUCAGUACCAGCUGACCACGUUUGACCUCCCGCUGUGGAGAUUGUGUGGUGGGGGGGUGGGCUAACCUAGCCUGUAAUAAAAGUGACUGAACUCCAAAGCGGAGGAUAACAGAAAAACCUUGCAGAGCUUCUUUUAGCCACUAAGAGAAGAGAAGUUCAGGGGGAGGCAGAACCCGUAGAAUCGGCUCUUAUUGGACAAGACUCAAAGUUGGAGCUAAACCACCAGAGAAACACCCAAGUUGGACUCUGAGCUCUGUUUAUGCGCGACUUCUCCAGCCUCACACCAUGGAGUCUCGACGUGGAAUUUGCUCGCCAAGGAGCCGAAAAAUCUCCCCCAAAUCUAAGACUUCAUUCCCCCUCUUCAUGCAGGCGUCAUAUUCCCAGAACCUCUGAAAGCAUGCUUGAUGAACCUGCAGGUAUAUUAUCUUAGUGUGCAAGCAGCGUGUAUGCGUGCUUAAAUGCACAUGUGUGUGGGCGCCUGCGUGCGUGUGUGCGCGCGCGCAAACGUGUGCUUUGUGUAUGUGAGACUCCCUGUUAAAGGCAAAUUGCAGCAUUCUUAAUGAAACCUCAGGUAAAGUGCUUUAAGUGGAUUUUGUCCUCCGAGGCGGGGGGGUGGGGGGGGGGGGGGGUUGCCAUGCUGUACAUGAUUACAAGUUGUCAUUGCGGGAAAUGAAUCACUGUGUACAAAAUAGUCAUGCGCGUUUUGUAGAUAAUGUUUAAAAGCAGAUACUUAAAGAUUUCAAGUUACUCCAACAGAACAGAAAAUGCCUUGCCUUUUUGAGAUACACACAUCUACGUUCUGGCAUUUCAUCAGAUUUAGUUUAUUUUACUCGUCGGUGAAUGGGUUUCAGUUCAGUAUUCAUCAACGUUUUCUUUCUAAGUGACUGACUUUUCAUUUCAAUCCCCUGCUGAAUCCUCAACCUAACUAUGAUACUAAGCUUACUUUGUUUAGAGGCAGAAGCUUUUCUUUUGUUUCUGUAGUCGGGGAAAACCAACUUGUACUUAUGUUUAGACAAUUUAAUUCAUUGUUUAGGACAAGAAUUGAGGGAGAUCUGCGUCGGCAGUGGCUCUUAAAUGAGAAUAACAGUAUUGAGUGGAGCCGAGAACAAUUACAAGGGGGACACACUAUAGGUGGUUAUAUGCUGAUAUCAUGUGAAGUAUUAUUUUUCCUUGGCUUGUAAUUUAUCCUUAGCAUUACUUAAGAAGUGGAAGCGAGGAGUAACUAGCAAGGACCAUCAUAGGCAUCGCAUUAUGACAAUUGCUCAAGGCCCAACUACAGCGUAGAUCAGGACCAGCCAAGCUGCAGACAUCAACGCCAUCUUUAUUUCCUCACUCCAGACAUUUCUGUUCUCACUUCCACACCGUGCUAGAAGUGCCAUGUCCUUUUUAUGCUCUCACCAGAUGUUUGUAGUUUGAUUUGCACCUUUUUGUUUCAGAUCAGUUUUUUGCACUUUGAAAGUGUGUCGAGUAUUUAAAGAGGGAGAAAAAAACAAAAUGAAAAAAAGUUGCUAAUAGCCAUGUUUUCCUAUAUAUGUUUACUUAAGAGUUCCACAUUUUACUACUGUGCUAAUGCAGCAAUAAUGUUGAGGAGUUGCAUCAAGACGCACUUGUCAACACAGGGAUUGAAAGAAAUUAAGAAAUAUCUGAUAUUUUUAUAACUGCAAAGAGUUAAGUAUGGAAAUAUGGAAUGCUUUAUGGAAAUGGGCACCUGCCUCCGGCAAAAUAAAUAUACCUUAAAAAAAAACAUAUGCUACGGAAAUAACAACAAAAUGUGUACAUUUGGUCUCCUUUAUCAUAGCUGACAGUUUAUAGUACUGUAUAUAAUCUUUGCUUGUGUCAUUUGAGGAUUCCCAAGUUAAAUGUAAGCUCCUUGCAAGCUUUGAAAGUGACAUGAGAAAUAAAGAUCUAAUGCUAACUGAGAA